UCAGCAGCCAUUUCUUUCUUGGGAUUGUUUCUUGAUCCUACGAGCGUGGUUCUUGAUUCUUUCUAGUACAUAGCAGUGUCACAUACCACCAGCGUUGUCAAGACGUAAUACCGACCGUAUUCUCCAUACAUUACUGCAUCGUACUUUCUUGAAGCCAUGGAUGAUCCAGAGCUCGAGGCCAUUCGCCAAAGGCGCAUGAGGGAAAUUAUGGCGGCCCAGGGCGGCGCACAGGCAGGGAGGGGAGCUGGAGGCGUGCCGUCGCCUGCCUCGGGUCAGCAAGACGAGUCACAGAAAAGGGAAGCAGAGGAACGGCGACAGAUGAUGCUGGCUCAGCUGAUGGAUUCGAGUGCGAGGGAACGAUUGGCGCGCAUUGCGCUGGUGAAGCCCGAGAAGGCGCGGGCAGUGGAGGAUUUGAUCAUCAGAGGGGCGCAGACAGGGCAACUGGCAGAGAGGGUGUCGGAGUCCCGCCUCAUCACUCUCUUGGAGCAGAUCAAUGAGCAAACACAGCAACGAACUAAAGUCACAAUACAAAGGCGUCGCUCAGCUCUUGAUGACGAUUAGUUCCUGAUCAAAAUGCUCCACAUAAUGCACUCUCAUGAGUGUUAUGUUCAGAACAUAGUUUGUGAUGGGCAUAGAGCUUCGUAUUCCUACGUGUAGGUUUAGAGGUACUAACGAAGGGGUUUGUAAAGCAUGCAGGCUGUUCCGGGGUACAAGAGGGCUAACUAAGGACCUAUCUAUCAUGUCGUGUUGUCGUGUACUGGACUGUCAGUCCCCCAUUUAAAGCACAUCG